CUGUCCCGUUUUUGUUUUUUUCUCUCACGCGCAUCACGAGUCGGUCCUUCCUUCUACUGUUCCGGCGGUGGGUGAAGCUGCCGUGCUUGACGUGUGAUUAGUAGCGGACACGUCUGAUGUGUCCUGAGUUACCGAGCCAGUAAUCGGUUCCACUAGUAGAGCCCCACGAGAGCAGCCCACACUGCAGGUUCCUUCUGGAGGCGUACACCACUCACGUGUCCAAGCAGCUGCUGCGCGUAGUUUAGGGUCCAUCGUCAAGCUGCGUUGUAAGAAGCGAGUGUUUCCGUUAUGGCCGACCUCACAUAAGUGGCGAGUUCACGGGAUCGUCGGGGGCUGGCGGCACGGAUAUUCGACGCGUUGCCAUCGUUUCUGUCAAGGACAAUACUUCCGUCUACGAUCUGCUCCCGCCUCGCCUCUCCCUGGCCCUGGCCCUGGUGCCUUUUGAGUCACGCCUCACUCAAAAAUCACCUCAUCUACGAUCUGCUCCCGCCUCGCCCUGGCCGGCUACAGCCGGCUACCGCGUGCGUCCCGUGCGUCCUACCAUCUCUUGCCACCCAUCUGUCAAGUCGACUCUUGAAAUAGAGAAGGAAGAAAUUUGCGGGUUUUCGCGUGCAUAGGCUUAGAUUCGGUCCCGAUCCGCCUGGCCCCCGCCGCUGUGUGUUUGGCUUCGCAGCAGCAGCGUCGUCCGCAGCAGCAUAGUCCGCGGCCCCAUGUUGGCGGGCCCCCAUCGCCUCACCACCGCCAUCAGGUCCUUCCUGCUUGCGCGCUCGCGGAUGGCGCAGCCGCAGCAGGAGCAGCAGGAGCAGCAGCAACUACACGAGCAGCAGCAGCACGAUCAACACGAUCAGCGGCAGCAGCAGCAGCAGCAGCAGCAGCAGCAGCAGCAGCAGCAGCAGCAGCAGCAGCAGCAGCAGGAGCAGCAGCGGCAGCAGCAGCAGCAGCAGCAGCAGCAGCAGCAGGAGCAGCAGCAUAGCACGAGCCAGAGGCACGUUGACGCCGCAGCCAUUGCUGCAGCUGCAGCGAGUGAUUCCACCCCCCCCGUGCCUUCCGCCAACUCCGCCGUUCCGUUUCCGCUUGUGCCGGGGCUAGAAGGGGAACCGGGGAGGGUUCAAGUGGGGGCGGAGGUUAGUGAAGAGGCAGAGGCGGGGAGUGAAGGGAGUGAAGGGAGUGAAGGGAGUGAAGAGAGGGUAGAGAGGAGGGUUCUGGACAAAGGGAAAGCGAAGGUGAUAGAGGGCGGUGAGUGUGGGGUGGGGAGUGUUGGAGGGAGUAGUGGGGGGAAAGAGAAAGGUUGGGCUUUGGACGGAGGGAGGGAGGGGGAGGGGAUGGAAAUAGAGGAAGGCGAGGUUGUUAUGGGAGAGACCGGAGAGGAGGAGGAAGGGGAGGAGCGAGAGGAGAGGGAGGAGAGCGGGGCGUGGGCGGUGGAUUGCGGAGACAGGAAGCAGAAGAAGGAGCAGCAGCAGCAGGAGCAGCAGCAGCAGCAGCAGCAGCAGCAGCAGCAGCAGCAGCAGCAGCAGCAGCAGCAGCAGCAGCAGCAGCAGCAGCAGGGGCAGCAGCAGGGGCUGAGUUUGCUGUUGGAGUUGGAGGAGGACGUGCUGGUGAAGGUGCUGGAGUGCCUACUCGCGCCCGCGGAUCUCUCUCGCUGCAUGGUGUCAUGCCGCCUGCUCAGGCGCCUAGUGAUCGAGGCGUCUCUCUGGCACGCCCUCGCCCUGCGUCUCUUCCCCCACCUCUCCCUCUUCGUCGCUGUUCGCCCCGCUGGCUGCCCGCGUGCCCUCUCCCUCCACCCCUCCCGCCACUGCCUCUCCUCCUCUCACUCCCCCUCUCCUGCUUCUGCCACUGCUGCUGCUGCUGCUGCGUCUGCCUCUGCUACUGUUGCCGCUGCUGCUGGCAGUGGUUUCGCCGGCGGUAGGGCAAUGGGAGGAGCGGGGCAAGAGGGUGAGGGAAUGGAGUGGUUGAGGGAAGCAGGAGGAGCAGGCUCGAGCAAGCAGCAUCAGGCCAAUCACCAUGCUCAACAUCAUCACAAUCAUCAGCAUUUCCAGCAGCAGCAGCAUGGGGUUAUGAAAGGGGAUGAGCUGUCAUGGGAAGCAGUGGCCGUGUCUCGAUUCCUCUCCGCCCUCUGCUGGUAUCUCGCUGCUCCUCUCGGCCUCACUGAAUCGGCCGCACCACCCAUUACCACCGCCACCGCCACCGCCGCCACUAUCGCCACUACCGCCACCAUUGCACCCACCGCCCGCAACACCCCCACUGGUGCUGGCCCUGCUGCUGCUGCCCCUGCUGCUGCUGGUGCAGUAACCCAGAGCAUCAUAGGGGCUCAUGGGCGUGGGGCAGCAGACACUGCCACUGCCACUGCCAGUGACACCGCCACCGCCAGCAGCGGCAGCAGCAGCAGCAGCAGCAGAAGUGGUAUUAAUGGUGGUGCUAGUGACGGCGUUAUUGGUGGUGCUAGUGGUGGUGAUAAUGCAUUCUCUGCUGUCUUCCCUGCUUCCCCCACUGCUGAUCCUGGCGAUGCUGCCCGUGGCGCCACGUCAUCAGCCAAUGCCAGCAGGGAUAGCAGCAAUAACAGCAGUAAUAAUGGCGACAGCAGCAGCAGCGACGGCAGCAGCAGCAGCAGCAGCAGCAGCAGCGGGAGCGGCAGUGGCAGUGGCAGUGGUGGCACCAGGACGGGCCUUCUGGGUCGGCUGUUGCGCAACAGGAACAACCAUGCUGCUGCAGCCGCCUCUACCACCCCACUUGUUCCUCCCGCCCCCCCUCCACCUCCCGCUCCUCCUCGUCCGUCCUUCAAUCGUUAUCCUCAACCCACUUCGCCGUCAGCACACCCGUUCUCAGCACCCACCGCCUCAGGACCGCCCCCCUCAGCGCCCCCCCGCCGGCGCGCCCUGGGCCCGGCGUGCGAGUGGGUGGCGUGCAUUGGCGGCGCGGUGUGUGCGUCGAGCACGGACAACUACCCCGAGGAGGGCAUUGAGAAGACGCUGCAGGCGGAGCCGCGGUGGCCUGACCACGGCACGCCCUCCUACUGGUCCAGCAAGGGCAGGGCGGAUCCGCUGGCACCGGAAACGCUGACUUACCGCCUUGCUGCUCCACUCUGCCUGGUUCGGGAAUUCCAUGUUCGUCCCUUUCAAGCCUUCUUUCAGCGCGGGUGGCCCAUCUACUCCUCGCGCUUUGUGCGCUUAAGGCUGGGGUACCAGCGAGCAGCAGGCACACACGCAGACGAGCACGCGCAGAAGCAAGGGCAGAAACGGGCAGACGGGGCAGAGCAGGGCCCGGAGCAGCAGGCGUAUGGCAGUGUGUACCUGGAGCACGGGGGGGCAAUGGCGGUGGGGGGCAGUGAGGAGGCGGAGGACGAGUUCAGAGCAGCGGGGGGUUCUGGGCCGGCCAGAGAUGGUUACAUGUGGACCUAUGUCUCGCCGCUCUUCCCCAUGGACCAGGCGGAUUCCCUGCAGCGCUUUGUGCUGCCGCAGGCGGUGCUGUGCGUGGGCGGGGCGGCGCAGGUGGAGUUUGUGGGGCGCAUGCAGACACAGCAGUUUGACGACCUCUACUACAUCUGUAUUUGCCACGUGUCAAUCAUCGGCUGCCCGCUUCCACAAUACGACAUCCUCGGCCAGCCGGGGAAAUUCAUCCUGACCGAGCUGCCCGGAAGAAACCACUAUACCCCACGUGCGCAGCACCCUCUUCCCUCCUCCUCCACUGUCCGCCACCUUGCCGCCCCUCCUCCUCCUGCUGCUGCUGCCCCUCACCCCCCUGUUAUCGGCUGGCGGUUCCCCGUUCCUAGUGUGCGUGAGCAGCUGGCUGUGCUGCGGAGGGGAGCAAGGGCAGGGGGAUUGAGGGGCAGGGAGGAUGGUAAUGACUGGGGUGCAGCGGAUGCGGAUGCUGAUGUGGCAAGAUGGCGGACAGCUACAGAGGGGGAGCGGCUGCAGAGGAUUCUUGCGCUGCUUGCUGGCCGUGCUGGUGGCAAUGCUCCUGCUGGCGCUGGCGCUGGUGCUGCUGGUUCUGCUGGUGUUGCUGGUGCUGGUGCUGGUUUGGUUGUUGGUGCUGCUAUUGGUGGCGAUGAAGCAGGGGAUGAUGAAGACAUCGCGGAUGAUGAUGAGGAUGAGGACGAUGAUGGUAGCAUGUUUCUGUGGAUGCAAGGGGCGCUGGUCCGGGAAGGGGGAGGGCUCCCUGUGCCACCACCUGUGGCUCCUGCUGGCGUUCAGUUGCUGCUGCAUCCCGAUCCCUCCGCCUCAUCUUCUGCUGCCGCGGCUGCUGCUGUGGUAGGGAGAGGAACAGCAGUUGGAAUCACAGGCAUAGGCCCAGGUGGAGACAGACUGGGAGCGAGAGGGAGGGGGGCAGAUUUGGGUGUUCAUGCAGGGGUAGAGAUAGAGGAAGGGGAGGUUCUGGAGGAGGAAGAGGAGGGAGAGGAGAGAGAGGGGGUGGAUGAGGUUGAGCAGGCACAUCUGCGGCACCUUCUCAUGUACUCUACGGAUGGUACUGCAGCGUUGGGACCGAUGCCUAGGUCAUGCGUAACCAUGCUGGGACAGGGGGGGCUUGGGGAUCCGGGGAUGGGGCAUGCUCAGGGGCAGGGGCAGGGGCAGGGGCAGGGAAGAGGAGAGGAUGGGAGGGAGGGAGGAGGGGUGGGGGAAGUGGAAGGGAGGGUUGGGGGUGGGGGAGAAGGGAUGGUUGAAGGUGCAGAGGAGAGGGAGGAAAGGCUUGAUGUUGGUCUGAGCCUUAGCAGGAGUGUUGGAAGUGGGAGAAGUCUGAGUGUUGGGAGUGAUGAGUUCAUGGAUGCAUCAGAUGAUUUUUUUGAAGAGGGUGACGAUGGGCCGCUUUAGUGUGUGGAAUUGGAUUGGGUGGUGGUAAUUGUGGGACGGGGCAAGAUGGCUUGGAAGUUGGAACUUUGUUUCAGUCAUCGUAGGAUCGUAUUUGUUUGGAAAUGCGUUGCUGAAAAUAUGGUUUUGUAUGAUCAUGCCCACACUUACGGUAUAUCAACUUCGUACGCAUUUGGUCGGUAGCAUAGGGGUUAGGGGAGCUGUCGGAAAGCUGUGGGGAG